AUGGCGAGCGCUUUAAUAUCGAACCCGUACGCUGCUCACCAAAGCGCACACUACGGCUACGUCCAACCGCCUCAACCUCCUCCUUCGCCCCCCAUGGACGAGACAUCAAAGCAGUGCUCUCUCCCCUCCAUCUCGAACCUGCUCGGCCUCGCGGACCAGGGCUCUCCCACAUCCGAGACUCACCCUCAAAUCCCCCAACAAGCUUCCUCCCAAAAGUCCGAGACGAGACCAAACUCCUCUCACUAUGGCAGCUCCGCGAUGCGAGGUCUCCCUCCCACGCCGCCCAUGAGCUCUGACGCCUCCUUCGACGGCUACAACUCGCCCUCGACAAGAUCCGUCAGCCAGCUCUCCGUCGUCUCCCAGCCCCAGAGCAACUACUACUACGAGUCAACGCCUCCCCUCGAGGCCGACGCCCACCGCCCCAUGGCUCCCGUCGUCUCGAGGGUCCCCGUCCAGGCCGCCUACGCCCAGCCUCAACCUUUCCCUCCCGCCUACAUGCCCGCCCAGAACCCCAUGGCGGCGUCCUACUACCCUCCCAUGCAGCCCACGCCUCCUCCCCAGGCCCAGAUCCAGGGCCUCUACUACCAGCGCCCUCUGCCCCAGCAGUUCCCUCCCAUGGCCGCCGUCCCCGUCGGCAUGGGUCCCAACCCGGGCGCCAACCCGUGGCAGCACCACCACUACAUCUCCCCCUCCUCCGCGGCGUCCUUCCCCCAGAGCCAGGACCGCUACAUCUGCCAGACCUGCAACAAGGCCUUCUCCCGCCCGUCGUCCCUCCGCAUCCACAGCCACUCCCACACCGGCGAGAAGCCCUUCAAGUGCCCGCACGCCGGCUGCGGCAAGGCCUUCAGCGUCCGCAGCAACAUGAAGCGUCACGAGCGCGGCUGCCACAACUUCGAGAGCGGCAGCAACGGCUCAUCAAUGUAA